AUGCCCUGCACCCCCGAGCCCUCGACCGCCGCAGAGCCCGCUACCGCUCUUCCUCCUCCUCCUCAGUCGCCCGCCAGACCGCGAUUUCGCCUCCGGAAACGAACAGCCUCGAAUCUCUCGGCUCCGACCAAGCAAUUCCUGGCCUCCGUCGCCGCUGCUGAUGUCCCCAUCCCGAGCAUCGAAGAGCCUAGUGUGCUGGACGAAGACAUGAUCGACUCUGCCUACCCUUCCAUCUCUGGCGACAUUGAACAAAUCGACUUUUACCAUUCCGCGCGGCCAACCUUUUCCAAGCGCAACUUUUCGCCACCCAAGACCCCCUUGCCUGGCGUGGUGCCUCUUCUCGAGCCCCAUCAGUUCCCCGAUUGGUCCCUGGGCAGCACCCUCGGUAGCCUGGAAUCCAGCCCAGACUACGAAUCCAGUCGCCCAUCUACUGCGCGAUCGACGCAGACAAGCUCUUCUCUCUUUAGCAGAUAUUCGGUAGCCUCAGAGGAGCUGAGCCAAUGCGUCAGCCCCGAGACUGAGUUGACCGACCGUUUCGGCAGCUUUCUUUCUGCUGAGGAUGCGCAUCGCGCUACCAAACCCCGUCCCGCCUCUAUUAGAACCAGGAAAGCCCCUUGGACCCGAGCCAUGAGCCACCACCUGUGGGCAACUUACAUGAUCUAUCUGCAAGACCCCAAGGUGACCCCAUUUCGGAUCGGCAAGAGUGGCAUUCCCCCUCACGGCGUCUGUCUCAGAGUCGCUCGCGAAGCUAAGCGAAGCUGGCGACGAUCAAAGCCGUCUACGCAACCUCCAAGAAGCCGCAAUACGACGCCCACGGCAGCAUCUCUCCGGCCUGCCUCGCAGUGGCCCCAUACCUGCGCUGCCACCCGCGGCCACCUGCGCGAACUGUGCAAGACAAGCACCGGCUCAGCCGCGCGCAUCAAUCGCUACAACGCCAACAGCCCGACACCGUUUGGCAGAACCGCCAGUCGCUACUGGAAUCGCCGCUCUGCGCCACCGAAGCAGCAACACUCUGUCUUUUCCGGGUCCGAAAUGGCCAUGUCUCUGAGCAUGAGCACAAGCGAGUCUAUGCAGCCGCAUGGACCUUUGGCGCGACUGGGUGCGUUACGAUACGACGCCAACUCUACCGCUCCACCGCCUUCUCUCGACACAGAACCCGCACCUCUACUUGCAGACCGCGCGUCGCUAGGCUCCCCCUUUGUCGUCAAGAGCUGUGGUCCCAGCGUCUCCAACACGCUUGGGGAUCCUUUUGGCCUCUCCGAGGCGCCUGUACGCCAGAACCAGACGACCGGAGCCCGGAACCGCAGCCUAGGGUCACCAGCCAGGCUAGUCCAGAGCAAGCCGAGCUCCCAGAAGCGGCGUCAGGCGGUGCUGGAACCCCGCCGGCGCAAGCGUCCCAGCCUGGGCAACGACUUUUGGACGGACCCGUCUGACAAUCAUGAUGGCAGCUCGCAUGCCUUUGCCGAGUUUUGCUCCACAGCGUCGCGCGAUCGCGACGGCCUGUUUGUGCCUCGCGCCAACCUUCAGCAGCUCUUUGACAGCGCCGCUUCGCAACCCUCUGGUCCGCUGUACUCGGCCCUCAGCGGCCCGAUGACUGUACAGCCAACGCUGCGCAAUGACCCGGCCGCGCGUCUAGGCUCGCCCUUUGCCAUGGCCAGCACGAGCCAGUCGUUUCCGAACCGCUUCUCGAGCCCAGGCCGCAUUGAGAUGAGCGCCCUGCGCCGGCCCUACGCGACGGUCCAGGAGAGCAAUGCUGCGGAGAGCAGCAAGAACAACAGCUCUCUGGCGGAUCGCCUGGCCUACGUCGAUGAGCGUCUUCGGUCAAUCAACCGCCCUGAAGAGGAGCCCCGCCGCUCCCAGUCGCCGCAGUGA